AACCAGGGAAGCGGGCCUGCUACGGAGACUGGAGAGGAGGAGGAAGAAAAAGGUUCAUCAAGUCAGCCUAUUGCUCUGAGGAAUUGUUUUCACCUGCAGAGGAACAGCAUUCUUGAGAAACUUAUCAAAACCUGCCCGGUUUGGCUCCAGUUUGGCAUCAGUCUGGAAAAGGCUUCUGACAUACUCUGCAAGGAACCAUUGGGGUACUGCACCUGGAAGGAUCUCUUCUUGUGUUUGAAGACAUCUUCAAACUGGUGGCAUUCUACUGUGUCAGUAGAGAUCUGCUUCCCUACACACUAAGAUUGCCACAAGCAAUAUUGGAAGCCAAUAGUGCCACGGAAUUAGAAACCAUCUCUGAUUUGGGGACAGGUUUCUGGGACUCCACUUUACAUCAAAGACAAGGAAGCAGCCUUCUCCAUUCUGUGAAAGAUCCUGCUUACAUCAUAGCUCAAGCCAAAAAAGGAAAGAACCCCAGCCAGCCUUUUGCAAGCGGCCUGAACAAUUGUUCAUGUGAAACUGAGCUGUCAAUAGGAAGUGACAAGCUGUGGUUUGUAAAUCCUAUUUUUAUAGAGGAGAGCAGCUAUCAAUUUCCCCCACAAGUUUCUCCUUCAGAUAUCUUCAGGGAGAGUCCUUCUGGUGGUAGAAACCUUGUGACAAAACCUCCAAAGAGAUCUCCUACUCGACGUCCUCCACCUCCACCUCCACCUCCUUCUCUUCCUCCUCAUUCUCUUUCUCCUCCUCCUCUUCUUUCUCCUCCUCCUCCACCACCACCUCUAUUGUCCUUUCAUGCUGUGAAACAAGCCAAAACAUCUUCUAUGACCCCUUCCAAAGAGGAUCAAUUCCAUAAUUUGGAGAAAACCAAAAAGGAGAUGAAAACUGAAAUUAGCAAAGACAAGGAAGAUAGCAGACAAGAGAUCCUUUUUCCUCACAGCCUUCCAUCUACAAAUUCAAAGAAGAUUCCUCCAUCCAUUCCACCAAGGCGAUGGUCCUCUGAGAAAACUUCAGGGAACUCUUCCUUUGAUAAAAGUCAGAAAUGUUUACUGCCAGAAGAAAAACAAGUAGAAAAACAGAACAGGAAGAAUGAAACACUGACUAACGAUCACCAGGGUGACAAAGCUCCAGAUAUAUUGGUGGAAGUGACAGAGAAAUCUGCCUCAAAUGCUCAAAACAUGAAGCUUGAUGGAGAGGACAAGAAGGCACUUACGGAACAGCAGCAGAACAUAUCAUCGGUAAAACCAUCGCAGCCUCCCAUCCCACCACGAAGAAAGAAGAAGUUCUUUAAACAGUCAUCAUCUACCAGCACUUUUUCUUUGGAGCACAAGAACAUUGAAGAGUCAGAAGCUCAAGAAGAAAACAAACAAACAGUAGAAAAAACUCAUUCCAUUUCCAAAGAGGAAUCAAAAUCUCAUCUUAAACUUGUCAGCAUAUCAGAUUGUGAACAUUCAAGUGAUUCAUUGCAUUCUCCUGUAGGCAAUGCAGGGGCUCAAAUGUCUGCCUCUGAGCCAGAUUCUUAUUCUACAAGUAGCACUGAAGAUGAGUUUGAAUUGAGGACCGGUCAAUUCCCUACAGUGAAGAAGACCCAUUCUAUGAUUUUAGGCAAGGCCAAGCGUCGCCUGUCCAUGGUCAGCCUAAGCAAUGUCUUCACAGCAUUUCUCUCUUCUGACCGAAAGCUCCAGAAGAAGAUUGUGGAACUGGCCCAGGAUAACGACUCUUACUUUGGCAACUUGGUUCAGGACUAUAAAGUCUACAGUCUGGAGAUGAUGGCAAAGCAGAUCUCCAGCACAGAAAUGCUACAAGAGAUUCGCUUAAUGAUGACACAAUUGAAAAGUUACUUAAUUCAAAGUACCGAGCUGAAAUCUUUAAUGGACCCAACUGUUCACACAGAUGAGAAGCUAGAGGUGAUAAUAGAAUCAGCUUUGCACAAAUGUGUCUUGAAGCCUUUAAAAGUGCCCAUUGAUACUUAUCUACGGGAAAUCCAUAACAAAGACGGAUCUUUCAAACUCCUAAAGGAAAACCAGCAAGUCAUACAAAAUACAACUACAACUGAAUUGGGGGUCACCACUAGUGUGCCUGAAUCUGCUCUGCUGGAAAGAAUAUUCCAUAAAUUCACAACCAUGACCAAGGCUUAUUCUCCAGAAAAGAAAAUCAGCAUUCUACUGAAGUCUUGCAAACUCAUUUAUGAUUCUAUGACUCAAGGAAACCCAGGUUCUUAUUAUUUAAUCACUACUUAUGGGGCAGUAGAGCUUAUCAAAAGCUAUGAUAAGAUUGCGGUCACUCGACAACUAAGCACUGAAGUUCAAGAUUCGAUCCACCGCUGGGAGAGACGGAGAACGCUUAACAAAGCCCGGGCAUCUCGAUCGUCUGUUCAGGAUUUCAUUGCAAUUUCUUUUAUGGAGGCUGAUGCCAAAACAAGGACACUGGCAUAUCGGACCGACUCCACAACUCAUCAGUUGAUUCAACAGUGCGCUGAGAAAUUUGAAGUCUCAGAGCCUCAGGACUAUGGGCUGUUUGUCCAACUUGAUAAUAAAACUAUGCAGAUGGAUGACGAUGCCCUCCCUCAUCAGAUCAAAUCCCAUCUCCUGAACAAAGAGCCCAGGCUGACUUUCUGCUUUAUUUAUAAACAACUUGGUGGAGAAGAAUCACCAGUUCCUGUUAUCAAGGACACAGAUGACUUGUAGCAGCAAGGCUACCCUCUUGAAGCACACUUAGUUUAGAUGUUUCUUCUUCCCAAUCAUCUCCUCCAGCGGCAGAAACUCUCCAAAAUACAGUUUCUUCUCUGGAUGGUGACAUGGGUAGCAUAUGCAAUCCUCCUCUGGGGCAUUUACUUGACAGAAUUCAUUUGCAGUCAUAAAUGGAAUGUCAAAGGGAAGUUCAUUCUUGGAAGGAGAAAAAAAGCCAUACUUGAAUAGUAGUUUGGAGCCUCAAACCAUGGAUGGAUGAUGGAUGAUGUCGUGUUAGUGCCAGAUUCCCUGGCACAAAAUAAAUGGUUUGAAAUUAUGGACCUCCUGGCAAAUUGUUAGACAUUGUAGCAUCAUCUCCUCAAUGUAUAACAGAAAGGGUGUUUUGGAUGGUCAUCACAAAAAAUUCAAAAUCCACAUUUUCAGAUACAAAAUAAUUUGCCAUGAAGAUACAAUUGACAAUCAAGAGUUUGGCCAUAAAUUAAUGUAGAAAUGUUUUCAUUCCAUGUCUCCUCUAUCCCAAUUAUUGUUCAUAAAUUCAUUCUUAGGAGUGUAUCAGAAAGGAGUUUUGUAUCAGUAGUUUACUUCUGAAAGGAGAAGUAUAUGUAUUAGAAGUAGAAGCUUUACUUUUGAAUGCCAAAUCCUCUAGCUAGUACUGACAAAGAUACCUGUUAAAAACCAGGGAGAACAGUUGGCAGUUAGAGUUAGACUCUGGCAAUGUGUGCCAUACUCUAACUCUGCAUAAGGUAAACACCUUUAUACCUGGAUGAAGAAGGAAAGAAGCAGCAUAAGAAGAGAUGACAAGAGUAGAGAGAGCAAAGUAAAAGAACAUUAUUAUAACAAGUUUUUGCGAAUCACAGACCACUUCAUUUAUCUGUGUCGUUAAGUUGUCAUACGAUUCCUCAUUGUUGUUAUAAUAGGGGCUAUGAAAAAACAGUUGAUUUGAGGAAUCGUUAUCUUCUAUUGUUUGUCCUCUGAACAUUUCACUUUGGGUACAGAAUGUGACUCUCCAGAGCUCUCCACAACAAUACAAAGCCAGACACACAACCUGGCCAUGAGAAGCCAAACCUUGUGUAUUAGCCCAUGAGGAUGAUGGUUUUAGCAUAUGAAUCUGUGAUGGCAUCCAAUAAUGCUGAUUUAUACAGUCUGUCAUCUAUCUAUCUAUCUAUCUAUCUAUCUAUCUAUCUAUCUAUCUAUCUAUCUAUCUAUCUAUCU